AUCGUUUUUUCGCAGUGGAAAGAAAGUGACGUUUUUGUGUAACUUGAGUGAUUUUUUGGUUAACAGAAGAAGGAUCCAAGAUCUACCGGAAGUGAGUCCGAAAAUGGGGGACGAAAAGAAGAAAAAGGAGGAGCAGAAGGAAGAUCCUUGUGCGGCAUUCGUUGGAAGUUACGUAUUGAAGACGAUGCGGCUGAAGGACGAAAAGUGGCAAAAGCUGAUGGGCAACGAAGAGCUCAAGAUGAUCGUGAUGGAGUGGGUCAAGCGGGCGCCGGUCCGCCGGUUGAUCGUCACGUUGAGCAACGCCGGGGCGCUGAUUCCGACGCAUUAUUUUCCCACGACCAGCAAGGGCAAGCGGUGCUUCUUCGUGAAGAUCCGCGAGACGGUGCUGGACAUUGACAACAUCAGGGAGCAAAUCAUGUACGGUGACCUGUCCGCGGGGCCGAUCGACGACCUGGCCGUCAUCGUGGACGAGGUGUUCUACCCGAUCAUCAGCAACCCGCGCAACCAGGACGGCUGGCCGGACGUCAUCAAGAAGGACGUGGACAGCCACUUCCAAGACCUGCGGAACAUCAUUACGGAGGUGAAGGGUAACAUCAUUAAUCAAACGCUGCUACCGAUGCCCAUCUCGAUCGGCGAGGUGGAAAACGUUGGCCAGCAGGUUGCCGAAGGAAAUCUGGACGGUUGCUCGCUCAAGAUGAAGAACUCGCUCGAGGGAAUCGUCAUCAAGUGGGCGUACCAGAUCAACGAUGUCCUGAAGGAAGACUCUUCAAUGGUGUUCAAAGACGGCGCCCAACCGUCCCCGCUAGAGGAGAUCAUCUUUUGGGAUUCGCGCCAAAGCAACCUGCGCAACAUCUACAACCAGCUGUUGGAACCACGCGUCAAACAGAUCGGGGUCAUCCUGGAGGGUAUCGAUUCAGUGUACUAUUCGUCGUUCAAGUCUACGUUUCAAAGUGUAGUGCAGGCGGUGCACGAAGCGGAUGAUAUCACGUUGUACCUGAAGCCAUUGCGAAAGCACUUUGAGACCUUCGAGAGUACCGACUUUACCGAUUCGCUCGAGCUGAUCGCACCGAUGUUACACUGCGUGUGCCUGCUGUGGGCACACUCGUUCUACUACGGCACGAACGCCCGCAUGAUGAUUCUGUUCAAGAUGGUUAGCAACAUGAUGAUAACGGAGGCGUGCAAGUGUCUCGAUCCGGGCUCGUUGUUCCAGGGCGAGCCGGACGAGUGUCUUAUCAAGGUCAGCAACGUGAUUGAUAUUUUGUUGUACUACAAAGACCAAUUUCACUCGUUCCGUGCCCGGCUUGACGACUUUCGGCAGUCCAACACGCAGCCAACCUACUGGACGUUUCAGCUGCAGUCGAUCUUCAGUCGGUUGGAUCUGUUUUUGGGCCGGCUGGGUCAGGUAAAGGACAUUUUCCACACGGCGACGGAGUUCCGUAAGCUGGAGAAGGUCGAAAUCGGUGGGCUGCGAGGGCGUGCCAUCUCUCGCAAGAUUCAGGAGGUGUUUGACGACUUUAACAAGCUGUACCUUCGCUGGGGAUCGAUUCAAUACGACCCGCUGGACCCCGAUCCAAGCGAGAAAAGCUUCGAGCGGGAUCGUGCCCGCUAUCAGGAGAAGACUGACAUUCUGGAGAGGAAGCUGGCGGCACAAUUUGUGUUGGCGUUCGACGAGUGCUUCAACGUGGAGCAGCUUAUGAAGUUGGUGCAGAUCUUGGGCACCCUGCUGAACAGACCGCUGAUCCUGACGGACAUUCGACGCAAGAUUGCCAACAUCGUGCAUUUGUACAACAAUGACUUGAACAUCGUGAAGAGACUUUUCGACGAAGGGGUGGCAGCGUACGAAAAGCAUGGAUUGGAAGGAAUACCAAUUGAUACGGGAUUUCCACCAGUUGCCGGAGCAAUCCUGUGGAUCCACAAGCUGCGCGAUCGUGUCGCCAAACCGAUGGCUGACCUGAACAUGGUGGAAUAUCCAUUGUUCCAAGGAGAAGACGACGACUUUGUGAUGAAAAACUUCCAGGAGAUGAUGCGUCACCUGGAUACGUUCGAGAGCAAGCUGUUCAAAGAGUGGAGCUCGGGCGUCCCCAAAAAGAUCUCAACCCAUAUGAACAAAGCACUGUUGGUUCGCAAGGACGAUCAGCUACUGGAGAUGAACUUCAACCACGUGCUGGUGAUGCUUCUACUGGAAAUCAGCUACAUGAAACGCAUGGGACUGGCCAACAUUCCGGAGAAGGCGAAGGAGUUCUCCGCGCUGGAGGAAGCUCUCUGGCAAGCCCGCAUGAAGUUGAUGCGCAUCGUCGAGUGGUAUAACGAGAUUCUGGAGACGUGUGUACCUUGCGAGAGGGAGCUUAUCAAGAAGGAGGUACUCGAAAUUGACAAGAUCAUCGAGCAGGCUUGCUCGGGACGAAUCGAUUGGAACAACUACGAGGCGUCGUUCAUCGACGAGUUUUACGACAAGUUGAAGAACUUGCACACUCGAGUCAUGAAGGCGCAGAACAACAUUCUCAAGAUUCGUGACAGCAUCCGGAGCUGGGGUCAGGUUCCGAUGUAUCAGCGCAAGGAUGCCAGCACCGAUGGUCUGCUGGAUAUCGAGGAUCGUCCGGGCAAGGUUCAACGACGGCUAGAGGGAUGCUUCGAUACGAAGAAGUUGAUCGAUGUGGCGAUGGAGCAAAACUUCCGAUAUUUUUUCGACUAUUUUGUCAAGUCUGAGAUAAAGAUUUCCGAUGUUUCGGUACGAAAACCCGCCACAAAUGAGUCGCUACCAGUGGUGAGGGAACUUUCGGAGAUCAAAAUUGAAGAAGAAGAAGCAGGUUCUUCCUGUCUGCCGAUUUCGUCUUGUCUGGAAACGUCUGACCUGGACAGAACCGAAUCGCAAAUGGUACUGUUCCGACCAUAUCAGGAGUAUGUCGACUCGCUGGUGUCCAAAGAGAUCCUGGACUCGAUUCACACUAGUGUGCGUUACAUCAAGUUUGAGAUGGAAGACCGACUGGAGCACGGUGCACCUAUCUUCGAGAUUAAGUACGAGCUGCAUCCACCGAAAACCCGGUUUGUUCCAACGCUGGAUCCCUUCGAUCCUACAGGAUUUUUAGCACUCGUUGAAGGACUCAUGACGGACAUCUACUGCAUGUGUACCAUUCCAAGGGUGGCGCAACCGCCGGAAAGUGAGCGAACCAACGAAGACGGAGAAGUGCAACUGGCCACUUAUUUCGGUCACCUCGAGAAUCAGCAAGAGAUAGAGCAAAUGAAGGACUCGAUAAUCAACCGAGUCAUUGAGACGGUUCGCGAGGCAGAAGAAUACACCCAGCGGUUUGACGAUUACAACUACCUGUGGCUGGACGAUAAACACAGCGUGCUGGAACAGUUCCUCAAGUACGGUCGCCCUCUGACGGCAGACGAGAUGGAAAUGCUGCUUUCGGCCGAAACUCCCCUCCGAGAGAUCGCACCGACGCUCGAUCAGUUCAAGCUUCAGAUUGACAGCUAUUACGAUCUGUACGACAAGAUCUUUGUCAACAUGGACAUUUCCACGGUGUUUGACAAGUGGCUGUCGAUUGAUUUGCGCCACUUUAAGACGGUUCUGCUGAUUGAGAUCAGCAAGUGGUCGAACCUGUUCAAGAAGAACCUCAUCGACAAGGUGGUCAACAGCUUGCAAGAGCUGGAAGAGUUCGCCAAUGAGUGUGACGAAAUUUUCAUCCUGGAAGCAGCCGAAGAAGACUUCCCGACGCUGUUGAAAAUUCUUUCGGCGCUGAACAAGCUGAAAGAGCGGGAGAACAUGUAUGACAACAUGUUCGAACCGCUCAAGGCCACCGUCGACCUGCUCAAGGGCUACAACGUUGAGUUCGACGAGAACGUGUACAAACAGUUCGCCGAACUGCCGGAGCGAUGGCUUCACAUCAAGAAGACAGCUUCAAAGGUGCGCGAAAAGAUAGCUCCGGCUCAGGCGUACCAGGUUGACCUGAUCAAAAAGCGAAUCACACUGUUCGACAUCCGUUCCAAGUUGUACAGGGAGGGCUUCAAGAAGCUGGCAUUCUUUAAGGUUCCCUGUGAAAACGUGUACCAGAUGUGCAAUCAGGUCAACCUGGAGCUGAACAUCAUGGAGACCCAGAUGAAGAAUCUGUGCGACUCCGCCGCGCUGUUUGAGCUGAAUCCUCCGGAUGAUAACAAGCUGCGGCUGUGUCGGAAAGAGAUCCGCCAGGUCAAGCAGAUCUGGGACUUUGUGUACGCGGUCGAGUCGUGCGUCAACGAUUGGAAGAAAACACCGUGGAAGAAGAUCGACGUCGAAGCGAUGGAGGUGGAGUGCAAAAACUACGGCAAGCAGAUCCGUCUGCUGGACAAGGACAUGCGCGGCUGGAAUCCGUACACGCACGUCGAGGCGGUGCUGAAGAAUCUGCUGACGUCGCUGAGGGCCAUCACGGAGCUGCAGAAUCCGGCCAUCCGCGAGCGGCACUGGAUCGAGCUGAUGCACGCGACCAAGCUGUUGAAAACUUAUGGAAGGGAAAUGUUGGUUCGCUUCCGGAUGGACGACUCGACGACCUUGGCCGACCUGCUCGAGCUAAACCUACACAACUACGAGGAAGAGGUGAAGACCAUCGUUGACAAAUCGGUCAAGGAGAUGGGCAUGGAGAAGAUAUUGCGGGAUCUGGAGGUGGCCUGGAAGGAUUUGGCUUUCGAGCAUGAGGUGCACGAACGAACCGGGCUGAAGAUGAUCAAGGUGUCGGAGGAGGUCAUCGAAAUGCUCGAGGAAAACCAGGUCCAGCUGCAGAACCUCAUGUCGAGCAAGUACAUUGCGUACUUUUUGUCGGAAGUGUCCAAGUGGCAGCUGGCGCUGUCCAACGCGGAUCAGGUCAUUACGGCGUGGUUCGAGGUGCAGCGCAAGUGGAUGUACCUGGAGAGUAUCUUCAUCGGAUCGGAAGACAUUCGGAGUCAACUGCCGGAGGAUUCGAAGCGGUUUGACGGGAUUGACCGGGACUUUAAGUCGUUGCUCGGGGAAAUAAUCGCCAACCCAAACAUUGUCAAGUCUACUAACCGGGCGGGGCUGUACGAGAAACUGGAAAUGCUCCUUUCGGAGUUGAUUCUGUGCGAGAAGGCUCUGAACGACUACCUGGAAACGAAACGGCUCGCGUAUCCGCGAUUCUACUUUGUCUCUUCUGCCGACCUGCUGGACAUUCUGUCCAACGGAAACCAACCAGAACUGGUCGCCAAACAUCUCACCAAGCUGUACGACUCGCUGGCUAAGUUGGUGUUUGGCAAGAUCAUGAAAAAGUCCGCCGUCGGUAUGAUCUCCAAAGAGAACGAAGAAUACGUCGCGUUCAAGUCGGACUGCGACUGCAGCGGCAAGGUCGAAAUAUGGCUCAACCGAGUGACGGACUCGAUGCGGGUAACGCUGCACGACCUGUUUGAGCGAUCGGUGAGCGCGUACGAGGAGAAACCCCGCGACCAGUGGAUCUUCGAUUGGCCCGCUCAGCCGGCCCUCUGCGCAACUCAAAUCUGGUGGACCACAGAGGUGAACGUGGCGUUUGCGCGGCUUGAAGAGGGCUAUGAGAACGCUCUCAAGGACUACCAGAAGAAGCAGAUUGUCCAGCUGAACGCGCUUAUUGUGCUACUGUGCGGUGACAUGUCGCAGGGAGAUCGCCAGAAAAUUAUGACCAUCUGCACGAUCGAUGUGCACUCGCGAGACGUCGUAGCGAAGAUGAUCCAGCAAAAGGUCGAAACGGGACAGGCGUUUCAGUGGCAGAGCCAACUGCGGCAUCGGUGGGACGAGCAGGUACGGGACUGCUUUGCGAACAUCUGCGAUGCCCAGUUCCGGUACGACUACGAGUACCUCGGGAAUACGCCUCGGUUGGUGAUUACGCCGCUGACGGAUCGGUGCUAUAUUACACUGACGCAGUCGCUGCAUCUGAUCAUGGGCGGCGCACCGGCUGGACCGGCCGGAACUGGCAAAACCGAAACCACCAAGGACCUGGGCCGCGCGCUCGGCAUCAUGGUGUAUGUUUUCAACUGUAGCGAGCAGAUGGACUACAAAUCUUGCGGAAAUAUCUACAAGGGCCUGUCCCAGACCGGCGCGUGGGGCUGCUUCGACGAAUUCAACCGAAUCUCGGUCGAGGUCCUAUCGGUUGUGGCCGUCCAGGUGAAAUCGAUCCAGGAUGCAAUCAAGGGUGAACAGAAGUAUGCAACCCUUAGUGAUAUCAAGGGCAACAAGGAGAAAUUCAAUUUUAUGGGCGAAACCAUCUCGCUCAUCCCGACGGUCGGCAUCUUCAUCACGAUGAACCCGGGCUACGCCGGCCGUACCGAGCUACCGGAGAAUCUGAAAGCCCUGUUCCGGCCGUGCGCGAUGGUCGUGCCGGACUUUGAGCUGAUUUGCGAGAUCAUGCUGGUCGCGGAAGGCUUCCAGGAGGCUCGACUGCUUGCCCGCAAGUUCAUCACGCUGUACACGCUGUGCAAGGAGCUUUUGUCCAAGCAGGACCACUACGACUGGGGUCUGCGUGCGAUCAAGUCGGUGCUGGUGGUCGCCGGGUCGUUGAAGAGAAGCGAUCGCGAACGACCCGAAGAUCAGGUGUUGAUGCGAGCCUUGCGAGACUUUAACAUCCCCAAGAUUGUCACUGAUGACGUUCCGGUCUUUAUGGGUCUCAUUGGAGAUCUGUUCCCGGCGCUGGACGUCCCCCGAAAACGCUCACCAGACUUUGAACGACUGAUCCGCAAGUCAGCGAUCGAGCUGAAACUUCAACCCGAGGACAACUUCAUCCUGAAGGUUGUCCAACUGGAAGAACUAUUCGCCGUCCGUCACUCGGUGUUCAUCGUGGGAUUCGCCGGAACCGGCAAAUCUCAAGUCUGGAAGACGCUGUUCAAGACAUAUCAAAACCAGAAGCGAAAGCCGCACUUUAACGACCUCGACCCGAAAGCGGUUACCAACGACGAACUGUUCGGGAUCAUUAAUCCGGCGACGCGAGAAUGGAAGGAUGGUCUGUUUUCGGUGAUUAUGCGAGACCAGGCCAACAUGGGCGGCACAGGACCCAAGUGGAUCGUUUUGGACGGUGAUAUUGACCCGAUGUGGAUCGAGAGCUUGAACACGGUCAUGGAUGACAACAAGGUGCUUACGUUGGCAAGUAACGAGCGGAUUGCGUUAACCAAGGAGAUGCGACUGCUUUUUGAGAUUUCAAAUCUGCGGACAGCAACACCAGCGACUGUUUCAAGGGCCGGAAUUCUGUACAUCAACCCACAGGAUCUCGGGUGGAAUCCAUUCGUCGCCUCUUGGAUAGAUUCCCGCGAGACGCAAGCCGAGAAGAGCAUCUUGUCCGUUCUGUUCGACAAGUACAUCCCGCCGUUAAUCGACGCCCACAAGCGGUUCAAAAAGAUUACCCCCAUCUCGGAGAUUGCGAUGAUCCAGAUGACGUGUCAUUUGCUGGACUGUUUACUAACGCCUAUCAACAUUCCACCGGAUAGUCCCAAGGAGUGGUACGAGAUUUACUACGUCUUUGCGGUAAUUUGGGGCUUUGGAUCGUCGCUGUACCAGGAUCAGCUGGUGGAUUGGCGGAACGAAUUUCACAAAUGGUGGAUCAAUGAGUUCAAAGCGAUUCGGUUCCCACCCGGUGGGACGAUAUUCAACUAUUACAUAGAUCCGGAAACGAAGAAGUUUAACCCGUGGACGGAUUUGGUGCCGAGCUUUGAGCUCGAUACGGACAUUCCGUUGCAGUCAAUUUUGGUUCCAACGGCGGAGACUACCCGUUUGAGAUGGUUCAUGGACAUUUUAAUCGAGGCAAAGCACCCGGUUAUGCUGAUUGGGGGAGCUGGAUCGGGGAAAAGCGUCAUCGUAGCGGACAAGCUGAACAACCUGUCGUACAACUAUGCCGUCACAAAUGUCCCCUUCAAUUUCUACACAACGUCGGAAAUGCUUCAACGUGUACUGGAAAAACCUCUCGAGAAGAAAGCCGGUCGUAACUUUGGCCCUCCCGGCAACAAGACCAUGGUCUACUUCGUGGACGACAUGAACAUGCCCGAAGUGGACACGUACGGCACCGUACAACCACACACGUUGAUUCGUCAAUUCAUGGACUAUCGCCACUGGUAUGACCGCACCAAGCUCACCCUCAAAGACAUCCACAACUGUCAGUUCGUAUCCUGCAUGAACCCCACAGCAGGGUCCUUCACGAUCGACCCUCGUCUGCAGCGUCACUUUUGUGUUUUCGCCGUCAGCUUCCCCUCGGGUGACCCGCUCUACCACAUCUACUAUUCGAUCCUAUCCCAACAUCUCGCCAACCCCCUCAACAAAUUCUCCCUUCCAACGCAGAAAAUCUGCGCCGCUCUAGUGUCCUGCGCGCUAACCCUGCACCAGCGCAUGGGCCAGACCUUCCUUCCAACGGCGAUAAAGUUCCACUACGUGUUCAACCUGCGCGAUCUCGCCAACAUCUUCCAGGGAAUGCUGUUCGCCAACGGGGAAACCUGCUCCGAGCCGAAUUUCCUCAUCCGUCUGUGGGUUCACGAGGCGACCCGCGUCUACAGUGACAAGCUGGUGGAUGACCGUGACAUCGAAACGUUCCGCAAGCUGCGUGGCGAAGUGGUCAAGAAGUCGUUUGAGGAGUUUGACGAAGCGAAGGUGUUUAAUUCGCCGAUCAUUUACUGUCACUUUGCCGAGGGGUUGGUCGAUCCCAAGUAUAUGCCGGUUGCUAGUUGGGAAAGCUUGAACAAGACGCUGGAGGAAGCGCAGUCGAAUUACAACGAUAUGAUUGGAGCGAUGAACUUGGUGCUGUUUGAGGACGCAAUGAGUCACGUUUGUCGGAUCAGUCGAAUUUUGGAAGCACCGAGGGGUAACGCACUGCUCAUUGGUGUUGGAGGUUCCGGUAAACAGUCCUUGUCCAGGUUGGCCUCUUUCAUCUCCGGUUUGGAAGUAUCUCAGAUUCAACUGAGGAAGGGUUACGGCAUUGCGGACUUGAAAGCCGAUUUGGCAGUGUUGUACAUGAAAACCGGCGUUAAGAAUGUUCCCUGCAUGUUCCUGAUGACAGACGCACAGGUUGCGGAUGAAUCAUUCCUGGUGUUGAUCAACGAUUUACUCGCUUCCGGCGAAAUCCCUGAACUCUUCCCGGAAGAUGAGAUCGACAAUAUUGUAAACGCACUUCGCAACGAAGUCAAACAGCUGGGGAUGCUGGACACAAAGGAAAACUGCUGGAAGUACUUUAUCGACAAGGUCCGCAAGUCGUUGAAGAUUGUGCUGUGCUUCUCACCGGUUGGAUCAACGCUCCGAAUCCGUGCCCGAAAGUUCCCGGCACUCGUAAACUGCACCGCCAUCAACUGGUUCCACGAAUGGCCCAAGACGGCCCUCGAAUCCGUCUCGACGCGUUUCCUAACUGACGUUGAAGUAAUGCCACGUGAUCUGGUCGAACCGGUUGCCGUCUUCAUGGCGUACGUUCACAGCACCGUCAACGAAAUGUCCCAGAUCUACCUGCAGAACGAGAAACGCUACAAUUACACGACUCCCAAGUCGUUUUUGGAGUUGAUAGCACUGUACUCGAAAUUCCUAACUGAGAAGUACGCCGAGCUGAGCGAUCGAGUCGUGCGGUUGGAGAGUGGUAUCCUGAAGCUGGCAGAGUGCGCCGAGCAGGUCGAUUCGCUGCAGAUUCAGUUAGCCGAGCAGGAAGUGGUGUUGAAGAAGAAGAACCAGGAAGCGGACAAACUGAUCAAAGUGGUCGGCGCUGAGAACGAAAUGGUGCAGAAGGAGAAGAACUUUGCCGCUGAGGAGGAAAAGAAGGUGCGCGUUAUUGAGGAGGACGUGGGAGCCAAGGCCAAAGUUUGCGAAGAAGAUUUGCGAAAGGCAGAACCAGCGCUUCUUGCUGCGCAAGCUGCUCUCGAUACGUUGGACAAGAACAACUUAACUGAGCUAAAGUCAUUCGGAUCACCUCCGGAACUGGUCGUGAAAGUGUGUGCGGCUGUAUUGGUUCUGUUCUCGCCGAAGGGAAAGAUUCCAAAGGAUCGUAGCUGGAAGGCUUGCAAACUGAUGAUGAACAAGGUUGAUGUAUUUUUGAACGAUUUGAUCUACUAUGACAAGGAGCACAUACAACCAGAUGUGGUGAAAGCGUUGCAAGAGUACCUUAAAGAUCCGGACUUUGAUCCCGAUAAAAUUCGUGCCAAGUCAGCGGCUGCGGCCGGUUUGUGUGCCUGGGUCAUCAACAUACACAGGUUCUACCAAGUCUACCAAGUCGUUGAGCCGAAGCAGCGUGCCCUGAACGAAGCUCAGUCCGAUCUGAAAGGCGCUCAGGAUAAGCUGAUGGAUUUAACCAACAAGAUCAACGAGCUGGAAGAACGAUUAGGCGUCAUCCAAGCGGAGUUCAACGAUGCCCUCGCCGAGAAGCAAAAAUGCCAGGACGAGGCGGACAAGACCGCCUUCACGAUUGACCUCGCGCACCGCCUGGUGAACGGACUGGCCUCGGAGAAUGUGCGCUGGCGGGAAUCGAUAGCGCACCUCAAGAGCCAAUCUGUGACUCUGCCUGGGGAUGUGCUAUUGAUUGCUUGCUUUAUCAGCUACGUCGGUUGCUUCACCAGACGGUACCGGGUCGAGCUGCAGGAGAAGAUGUGGAUACCGACGUUCCGGCUAUCCAAGCCUGCGAUACCGUUCACGGAGGGCGUCGAUCCGCUGAAUCUGAUCGUGGACGAUGCUGUCAUCGCUUCGUGGAACAACGAAGGACUACCAUCGGACCGGAUGUCGUCGGAGAAUGCCGCCAUCCUAACGUAUUCUUCCCGCUGGCCGUUGAUGAUUGAUCCUCAGCUGCAAGGAAUCAAGUGGAUCAAGCAGAAAUACGGAAGUAAUUUGACCGUUCUUCGACUUACCGUCAAGGGUUAUCUGGACGUUAUUGAAAAGUGUGUAGUCAACGGAAGCAUUCUGCUGAUUGAGAACAUCGGCGAGACGGUUGAUGCCGUGUUGGAUCCGCUUCUGGGGCGUAUGCUGGUCAAAAAGGGCAAAUGUUUGCGCAUGGGAGAGAAGGAAAUCGACUACAAUCCCAAGUUUCAGCUGAUUCUCCAGACGAAGCUUGCAAAUCCUCACUACAAGCCGGAAAUGCAAGCGCAGACCACGCUCAUUAACUUUACCGUCACUAGGGAUGGUCUGGAAGAGCAGUUGCUCGCCGAAGUGGUUAAAGCCGAACGACCUGAUCUCGAGCAGCAGAAAGCGGAUCUUACGACUCAACAAAACACGUUCAAGAUUACACUCAAGAUGCUGGAAGAUGAUCUGCUAAGUCGGCUCUCGUCGGCUGGCGAGAACGUGUUGGAAGACGCCAGUCUGGUCUUGAACCUGGAGAAGACCAAAAAGACGGCAGCAGAAGUAGAAAUCAAAGUGCGCGAAGGCAAGAAGACAUCCGAGGCUAUCGACAUCGCUCGUGAGAGUUACCGACCAGCGGCGGAACGUGCCUCCAUCCUUUACUUUAUCCUGAACGACCUGCACAAGAUCAACCCAAUCUACCAGUUUUCGCUCAAAGCCUUCACGACUGUCUUCAAGGAUGCCAUUGCCGUAACUCCCCCAGCAGAGAAGUUGAAGGAUCGCGUGAUCAAUCUGAUCGAUUCGAUUACGUUUGCCGUGCACAUGUACACGAGCCGUGGUUUGUUCGAAAAGGACAAGCUGAUCUUUAUGGCCCAGAUGGCGAUUCAGAUUUUGCUGCAGGCGAAGGAGAUCGAUCCGGCCGAGUUGGACUUUUUGCUGCGGUUCCCGUUCACACCGAACUUGACGUCGCCGUUUGACUUUUUGACGAACGCCGGUUGGGGUGGCAUUAAGGCGCUGUCGAACAUGGAUGAGUUCCGUUCGCUGGACAAGGAUAUUGAGGGGUCGGCCAAGAGAUGGCGCAAGCUGAUCGAGUCGGAGUGUCCGGAGCGGGAGAAGAUGCCCGGCGAGUGGAAAAACAAGAACGCAUUGCAGCGACUUUGCAUCAUGCGUUGCUUGAGACCGGAUCGGAUGACGUACGCGGUUCGGGCGUUUGUUGAGGAGAAAUUGGGCGCCAAGUUUGUGGAGGCUAGGAUGGUCGAGUUUGACAAGUCCUUCAAGGAAACAAGUUCGUCAACGCCAGUAUUUUUCAUUUUAUCUCCCGGGGUGGAUCCACUGAAGGACGUCGAGAAACUUGGCAAAAAGAUGCGCUUCUCGACGGACAACGGCAACUUCCACAACGUAUCGCUUGGUCAGGGUCAAGAAGUGGUGGCUGAAGGUGCAAUUGACGUAGCGUCCAAGGAAGGUCACUGGGUCAUUCUUCAGAACAUUCAUCUGGUCGCGAAGUGGCUCGCUACGCUGGAGAAGAAGAUGGAAGCAACGCUGGAAGAUGCACAUGAGAAUUAUCGGCUGUUUAUCAGUGCUGAGCCAGCCAUGUCCGCCGAGUAUCACAUAAUUCCGCAGGGAAUCUUGGAGUCUGCGAUCAAGAUCACAAAUGAGCCGCCGACGGGAAUGCUGGCAAACAUUCACAAAUCUUUGGACAAUUUUAAUCAGGAAACGCUGGAACAGUGUGGAAAGGAAGCGGAGUUCAAGGCAAUACUCUUUGCACUGUGCUACUUCCAUGCCGUAGUCGCCGAACGGAGGAAGUUUGGUCCGCAGGGUUGGAACCGGGUCUACCCGUUCAACGUGGGUGAUCUGACAAUCAGCGUGUAUGUUCUGUACAACUACUUGGAAGCGAACAAUCGCGUUCCGUGGGAAGAUUUGCGCUACCUUUUUGGAGAGAUUAUGUACGGAGGACACAUUACCGACGAUUGGGAUAGACGGCUUUGUCGGACCUACCUGGAAGAGUUUAUGCAGCCCGAACUGGUCGAUGGAGACUUGAACCUCUGCAUCGGCUUUCCAGCUCCACCAAAUUUGGAUUACGUCGGCUAUCACAAUUACAUUGACGACAACCUGCCCGUUGAGUCCCCGUACCUCUACGGACUGCAUCCGAACGCUGAAAUUGGCUUUCUUACGACCCUCUCGGAGCAGCUUUUCAAGACCAUUUUCGAGUUGCAACCGCGUGACUCGGGAGCGACCAGUGGAUCUAGCGUUAGUCGUGAAGACGUUGUCAAGUCCAUCAUCGAAGAGUUUAGCGACAAACUGCCGGAGGAGUUCAACAUGCCCGAACUAAUGGCGCGGGUCGAAGAUCGCACGCCGUUCGUGAUCGUAGCCUUCCAAGAGUGCGAGCGGAUGAACAUUUUGGUUCGGGAAAUGAAGCGUACUCUGCGGGAACUGAUGCUGGGACUCAAGGGCGAGCUGACCAUUACAUCGGACAUGGAAGACCUGGAAUCGUCGCUCUUUUUCGAUCACGUGCCCGACAACUGGACCAAGCGGGCGUACCCGUCGAUGUUUGGCCUUCAGUCUUGGUUUGCCGAUCUGACGAUCCGUAUCAAGGAGCUGGAAGCGUGGUCCAACGACUUCAAUCUGCCUUCGUCGGUGUGGCUGGCCGGAUUCUUCAAUCCGCAGAGCUUCCUGACGGCUAUCAUGCAGCAGACGGCUCGUAAGAACGAGUGGCCUCUGGACAAGAUGUGCCUCAGCUGUGACGUAACGAAGAAGUUCAAGGAGGACAUUAGCGCUCCACCGAGGGAGGGAGCGUACGUGAACGGGCUGUACAUGGAGGGAGCUCGCUGGGACACGAACAUUGGUUCGAUUGCGAGCUCGCGGUUGAAGGAGUUGUUCCCACAAAUGCCGGUCAUUUUUAUCAAGGCGAUUACGCAGGACAAACAGGACACGAAGAAUAUCUACGAAUGUCCGGUGUACAAGACGAGGAUUCGCGGACCGACCUACGUGUGGACCUUCAAUUUGAAGAGCAAGGAGAAGGCGUCCAAGUGGACUCUGGGAGGUGUUUGUUUGUUGCUGCAAGUUUAACUGAGCACUGUGAGUUUGCUGUGAUGGAUUUGUGAAAUUCACCUUUUAGUGUUUGUAUUUUGAAAUAUAUUCAUAUUGAUUGCUUG